UCACUUCGGCCUCCCGACUUUCUCUCGCAUGAUUCUCUCUCAUUCAUCGUUUUAGUUUCCGUCGCGGCUGUUUUCGGUUCUCUCCGACUGAUUUUCCGGACAACCUCUUGCAAUAUAAAUAAAGGCAUUCAGGAUGGACGUUGAUGAUGAAAUGGACAUGUCUGAUGAUUCGUUCAAUGAUUUUAAUGCAUUGCUCAUGGAAAGUGAAUCACAGGGGAAGGGAACAUGGCCUUGCAUGGAACCUAUUCGGAUGCCAAUGGAUCUUGAGAACUGUGAAUUUAGUACUGUUGCUAAUCAGAAGUUUGAUGAGAAAGUUUAUAAAUUUCCUGCUCACAACAAAAGAAAGGACUUGAUUAAAGAUGUGGUUAAGACACAUGUACUUCCAUUCCUCCCAGCUAAAUCACUGCUCAAGUUCAAGUCCGUGUCGAAAGAGUGGGAUCGGUGGAUAAGCAGUCCCCUUUUGGCUCACCAGCAAAGCUUCUCAUUUCAGAAAAUAUCUGGUUACUUCUGUCAACAUGAGGAUGGCUACAGUACAUUCUUUUCUCUUGAUGGUCCUGCAUAUGGAGUCCCCUGCCCUUUCCUCCAGUCCUUGCCUGGAGACAAAAAGGUGCUGGGUUCUUGCAACGGAUUGUUGCUAUGCCAGUCUUCAGAAUCAUACUAUGUUUGCAACCCUGCAACCAAUGACUGGAAAAUGCUCCCCAUUCCUGGGUAUUAUCAUGGAUCUGAUCCAGCAGUUGUUCUUGCCUUUGAACCUUCCUUGCAAAAUAUUGAGGCAUACUAUCAGGUUAUCUGUGCAAUUUCCAUGUUUGAUUCCCCAGUCAUCUACUUUGAAAUUUACUCUUCAGCAACAAGAUCCUGGAGGUGCUCUGAUGCAAUUUGUACUGAAUUGGGAGAUUCGUCUCUUAAGGGUGCCGGGUUCUACAUGAAUGGUAGUGCUUACUGGGAGACAUCAUCAGGUCAAGUUCUGGCCUUCAAUGUUCAGAAUGAGGAACAUGGAAUUAUAUCCCUUCCUUCUGAAGCUGCUAAAGGUGGCACUUUCACACUGGUAGGGGAUGAGCUAUGCUAUGUUACUGUUAGUAACCAUUCUUUGAAUGUUUCCACAAUUGACAUCUACGGGGGAUUGGACAUGAGCCUGAAGCGCAGCAUUUCUCUAAACCUUGAACUCUCGUUUUUUCCCGAGUGCAAAGUACUGCCAGGUGUUGAUGGAGAUAACUUGCUGAUUCUCACCAGGGAUGGGCAGCUGUUCAGUUAUCACCUUAGUGAUCAGAACGUUGAAUUAGUGUGCAAGCCACGUCUAGUUAGUAGUUUCUAUUCCAGGCUCCUGCCCUACAUAAACAGUCUUGCCUGUGUUACUUGAGGGCAUAUGGAAGUUGCUUCUUGCCAGCCUUUCUUCCAUAAAGUUUCUUUAGCAUGUUCAGUUCACUUGUUGAUGUAUUGCAACUCCAUGCUUAGCCAGACUUAAAAAAAUUUGCUUUGGUGUACGAAUCUUGUUUGGGAAAAUUAUUUUUGAUUGGUUAA